AUGGAGUUUAACCCAACCCGUGCAGUCCUUCACAUCGAUGACUGCGAUAUUCACUACUGGUCACAAGGCAAAGGCCCGCUCAUCGUGUUCAUCCCCGGAGGCAACGGCCAUGGACGGCAAUACGACACAAUCAUCGCCGCUCUGUCGGAUAGAUAUACCUGCGCCACCUUUGACCGCCGACAAAUGUCAGCGAGUCAAGCUAAGGUGAACAAGAGGCUUCAUCCACCACAGCAAGCUAGAGAUAUACGCGCCAUCAUCGUGACCCUCGGCUUCGACAAAGCCACUCUUUUCGGAAGUAGUAUGGGUGGUCUCCUCGCGUUCCAAUUCGCCAUCGACUACCCUGACAUGGUCGAGCACAUCAUCUCCCACGAAGCUCCGACCUUCAUGCUACUGCCGAACGCCACCGAGGUCUUCGAGUUUUUGUACAAUUGUCUUGAGAUAUAUGAGGCUUCGGGGGUCGAUGCUGCGCAGAAGGAGUUCAGCUCUAGGCUGAUCGGCUAUUUCGACGAAGGUGUACCUCGGACGGGGCCAUCGGAUCCGAUGAAUCCCCCGAACCACUGGGCUAACGAGUUUACCGUCUUGCUGGGCUAUCUGCCGAGUUUGUAUCGCAUCAAGGAGAACGGAACGAGUAUCGGGUUGAUGAGGGGCAUUCGGAGCAGAGAGGCGUGGUAUGCCCAGGCGGUUGAUGAGCAGGCGAAGAUUCUAGGGUGUCCGAAAGUCGACGUCGCGGGUGCCCAUGAAGGCUUCAGGGUCGAAUGCGAGGCAUUUCUCCCGUACUUUGUCGAGUUGAUGGGGAUUCUAGAUCAGGAGAAGAGUAAGAGCUCGUGA